AUGCUGACUGAGUGCAAAUGUAACGAGUUGUGUAAGCCCAUGUACCAAUCACACACUCGCCUGCCUCAUGAAUCGAGGCUGUGCUGGUUCGAGGCCUCAACUCCUUUUGGUCUGUGUGAGGCCAAUUCGCCCCCAACUGGUGCCGCCAUGUUUGAUAGCACUUCUGGGUCAGUCUAUGUGGCGCACGGGCUUGAGCACCACCAGUUCCGACUCUCCUCCUACCACAACCCUAGCCUCGAUACAACUAUUUGUUUGGCUUCUUCUCCCUGCCUUCACAUCUCCUCAUUUCUAGCUCAAUUUCACCCUCGUGACAAUUUCACACUCCCUCCAAACCUCGAGACAGCCUCCGUCUGGUCUUGCCAAAUGGUGGUGAGCUUUAGAUCUUCACACUAUCUGGCAGGCCUGUCGAGGCUGAAUUUUAGCUUCUUCACAACUUCGAGUAGACGUCAAAACACAAAGAGGAUGCCAACUCCUCCUAUACCCCAUACAGACCCUAACAAAUGUGAAUAUAGAAAUUAUUGUAUGUAA